UUACUGUGCAACCAUUGCUCUUUGUUCGUCAUCUUAGUGACUCAAUACGGUAUCUGGGAAACUAAUUUGCGUGUUUGUUGCCAUAACUUAUGUCACACUAGCUGGCUAUAGCACUAGCCAGUUGCACUAGAUCUAAUUAAACGUAAUAAUAAAACAAGUCUAGAAACAUUUUGACAUAGAAAUUUGUGAACUGCAGAUCGAGUGUCAAAGAGUUGCCAAUUAAGCUUCUCAAAUUUUCGUUGGAAAGUGAGGCAUAGUUAGUGAUUGGAGAUCACUAUUGUAUCUAUUGCCCACUUGAAGCGUUUGUCACCAGAAACACUAAAUAUUUUACAACGCCCAUAUCUACAGAGCAUGCAGGUAUAUAUAAUGAUGUUGCUGCAAGAAUACUGAAAGACCAAUGAAACUAAUUCAACUGGGCUUUCUAGCACCAAAAUUGAGGCAUACGAUACACGUUUUUGACGUUUACAGGUAGGUUUAAACAGUUUGUUUGUGAUCAACUUUAUCUCUAUGUUGGUGGUCCUUGUGGGCAAACCGCUCACUAAUUGCAUGUGGGCGGAAAGUCUCCAUACGUUUCGUUGUACUCGCUUAUCUAUCUAUAUCUCUAGAUAUGCAGGUCACGGGGUUUCUGACGCAUAACUUCGCAAGUACAGUAGAUAGCACAGUAUGGGAAAUAUCUUUGGAAAUGGCCAACAACAUGAAGAACAGGACGGUCAACAAGAAGUGAGACGCCAACAAGGAGAACAAAGACGCCAACAAGAAGAACAAAGACGCCAACAAGGAGAACAAAGACGCCAACAAGAAGAACAAAGACGCCGACAAGAAGAACAAAGACGCCAACAAGAAGAACAAAGACGCCAAGAAGAAAUGAGACGCCAUGAAGAGGAGAAAGUAGCUGCACUAAAAAAAGAAGUGAUCAACUUAUUUAAUGGUCAGCAGCUGUUGCUACUCGGACACUAUGGCGUUGGGAAAUCGUCUUUCAUUAACACUGUAAACCACGUCUUGAAUCUCGUUCAGCCAAACGUUCCGUACCAGGAAUUAGCGGAGUUAAGCGCGCGAGAAUCCGAUCAUGGAACACUGAUCUACCGUGCGUACGGCCCUCGAAAGAAAAUGUACAUGGCGUUGAAGGAGAGUGACUUUUCAGCAAAACAAGACUUUGGUCCUAUAUUUUUUGAUGUCGCUGGAGUUAAUGAUAAGAUUGUAAAUGAGUUCGAUCUUAAACAAUUCCUUAUCCAUCUUGUAAACGGCCAAGUAAAGGAGUAUACUGACAUGGUAAGAAUCUACAACAGAGAAGACCAAAUGGAACAAAUGAGGGAUGAAAGCAAAGUAGAUAAUCUCCGGGCGUGGUCAAUAAUAUGCCUAGUGUCGGUUGCUGACGCUUUCCCAACGCGGCUUCUUCAACACGUUGACCAGGCGCUCAAAGAACUAAAGGUGCAGCCUGGAGGAGGAGCUAGAGUAUUCGUGAUUCUUACGCAAAGUGACAAAAUCAACCAACAGGAGCGGGAAAGGACAGUAGAAGAUUACAGAAAGAGAUGCAGCCAAACUUUAGGUGUUGUAGAAAGGCGAGUUUUUCAAGUAGAAAACUACGUGAUGAGAGAAUGGAGAGAUGACGUAAGAAUGGAAAAGAAUCUAGAAAAGGAAAAUCAAGUUCUGAUUGCCCUAAAUCAUAUUCUUCAACCAGCUAACGAGCCCGACUUUUUGGAACAAUGAAAAUUUAUUGCUGAACGGAGCUUUGAGAUUGGAAAUGUGAUCAGUUAGAUUGAAUGUUACAAUAUGCAUCAGUUGUUCUGAUUUGCAAUGUAGAUGUAGGGUACACGUAUGUAAUGUAUGCUUGCGUAACCACUGUGAGAUUUUGUCAUUGUAUUGUUAAAAGACAACUUUCACAAAAAAAAACG